AUGCUAGUUCUAGAGGGUGUGAUAAAGUAUAGAUGGAAUGCUCUCCCUGUUGAACAGCGAGAUGGAAUGAAAAAUUAUAUCUCAGAGGUCAUUGUGCAGCUCUCGAGUAAUGAAGCAUCUUUCAGAUCGGAAAGGCUCUAUCUAAACAAGCUAAAUGUCAUUCUGGUUCAGAUAGUGAAGCAUGAUUGGCCGGCUAAGUGGACAAGCUUCAUCCCCGAUCUAGUUGCGGCUGCUAAAACUAGCGAAACUAUCUGCGAAAAUUGCAUGUCCAUUUUGAAACUUCUAAGCGAAGAGGUUUUUGAUUUCUCAAGAGGAGAGAUGACUCUGCAGAAGAUUAAAGAGCUGAAACAAUCUCUAAACAGGCAUCUUGAGACCCUCCUCAAAUUCUUUCCAGUGCCAGCAUAUAGGAACCUCACUCUUCAAUGUUUAACUGAGGUUGCAGUUCUCAAUUUCGGGGACUUCUACAAUGUCCAGUAUGUCAAAAUGUACACCAUAUUUAUAGGGCAGUUGCAGGCAAUUCUCCCACCAAGUACAAAUAUUCCUGAGGCAUAUUCAAGCGGAAGUGGUGAAGAACAAGCAUUUAUCCAGAACUUGGCACUGUUUUUCACUUCGUUUUUCAAGUUUCAUAUAAGAGUCUUAGAAUCAGCGCCAGAACUAGUCGCUUUGUUACUUGCGGGUCUCGAAUAUCUCAUCAAUAUAUCAUAUGUCGAUGACACUGAAGUAUUUAAGGUUUGUUUGGACUAUUGGAACUCAUUGGUUUUGGAGCUGUUCGAUGCACAUCAUAAUUCUGAUAACCCGGCAUUAAGUGUAGGCUUGAUGGGAUUACAGAUGCCUUUCCUUCCUGGUAUGGUUGAUGGUCUUGGUUCUCAAGUCAUGCAGCGGCGUCAACUUUAUUCUAACCCAAUGUCCAAAUUAAGAGGGUUAAUGAUAAACCGCAUGGCGAAGCCUGAAGAAGUGCUUAUUGUUGAAGAUGAAAAUGGGAACAUAGUUCGUGAAACUAUGAAGGACAAUGAUGUUCUUGUCCAGUAUAAGAUAAUGCGGGAGACAUUAAUCUACCUCUCACACCUUGAUCAUGAUGAUACCGAGAAGCAGAUGUUGAGGAAGCUAAACAAACAAUUAAGCGGGGAGGAGUGGGCAUGGAACAAUCUGAACACUUUGUGCUGGGCAAUCGGGUCUAUUUCCGGAUCUAUGGCAGAAGAUCAGGAAAACAGAUUUUUGGUGAUGGUCAUCCGUGAUUUGUUGAAUUUAUGUGAAAUUACCAAGGGGAAAGAUAAUAAAGCUGUUAUUGCGAGCAACAUCAUGUAUGUCGUUGGCCAGUAUCCAAGAUUCUUAAGGGCACACUGGAAGUUUCUGAAGACUGUUGUGAACAAGUUGUUUGAAUUCAUGCAUGAGACACAUCCUGGUGUUCAGGACAUGGCCUGUGAUACAUUCUUGAAAAUAGUUCAGAAGUGCAAGCGUAAAUUUGUUAUUGUUCAGGUUGGAGAGAGUGAACCAUUUGUAUCUGAACUUCUAACAGGCCUUGCAACAACUGUUCAAGAUCUUGAGCCUCAUCAAAUUCACUCAUUUUACGAAUCAGUUGGUAAUAUGAUCCAAGCAGAAUCAGAUCCUCAGAAGAGAGAUGAAUAUCUCCAGAGGUUGAUGGCACUCCCGAACCAGAAAUGGGCAGAGAUCAUAGGACAGGCACGCCAAAGUGUAGAAUUCCUCAAGGAUCCAGGUGUGAUACGUACAGUACUUAACAUCUUACAGACUAAUACAAGUGCUGCUACUUCACUGGGAACAUACUUCUUGUCCCAAAUUUCCUUGAUCUUCUUGGAUAUGUUGAAUGUAUACAGAAUGUACAGUGAGCUUGUAUCAACCAACAUUACUGAUGGGGGCCCAUAUGCUUCCAAGACAUCCUUUGUAAAACUCUUAAGAUCUGUUAAGAGGGAAACACUUAAGCUGAUAGAAACCUUUUUAGACAAAGCUGAAGACCAGCCACAUAUAGGGAAACAAUUUGUGCCACCAAUGAUGGAAUCUGUGCUUGGUGACUAUGCUAGGAAUGUGCCUGAUGCUAGGGAAUCAGAAGUUCUUUCACUCUUCGCAACGAUUAUAAACAAACAGGAUCUUAUACGUGCAACACUGUCUGCGUUGCACGCCUAUCUUUCCUGGAUUCCGUUGGGCUAUAUUUUUGAGUCUCCUUUGCUUGAGACCCUCCUCAAAUUCUUUCCAGUGCCAGCAUAUAGGAACCUCACUCUUCAAUGUUUAACUGAGGUUGCAGUUCUCAAUUUCGGGGACUUCUACAAUGUCCAGUAUGUCAAAAUGUACACCAUAUUUAUAGGGCAGUUGCAGGCAAUUCUCCCACCAAGUACAAAUAUUCCUGAGGCAUAUUCAAGCGGAAGUGGUGAAGAACAAGCAUUUAUCCAGAACUUGGCACUGUUUUUCACUUCGUUUUUCAAGUUUCAUAUAAGAGUCUUAGAAUCAGCGCCAGAACUAGUCGCUUUGUUACUUGCGGGUCUCGAAUAUCUCAUCAAUAUAUCAUAUGUCGAUGACACUGAAGUAUUUAAGGUUUGUUUGGACUAUUGGAACUCAUUGGUUUUGGAGCUGUUCGAUGCACAUCAUAAUUCUGAUAACCCGGCAUUAAGUGUAGGCUUGAUGGGAUUACAGAUGCCUUUCCUUCCUGGUAUGGUUGAUGGUCUUGGUUCUCAAGUCAUGCAGCGGCGUCAACUUUAUUCUAACCCAAUGUCCAAAUUAAGAGGGUUAAUGAUAAACCGCAUGGCGAAGCCUGAAGAAGUGCUUAUUGUUGAAGAUGAAAAUGGGAACAUAGUUCGUGAAACUAUGAAGGACAAUGAUGUUCUUGUCCAGUAUAAGAUAAUGCGGGAGACAUUAAUCUACCUCUCACACCUUGAUCAUGAUGAUACCGAGAAGCAGAUGUUGAGGAAGCUAAACAAACAAUUAAGCGGGGAGGAGUGGGCAUGGAACAAUCUGAACACUUUGUGCUGGGCAAUCGGGUCUAUUUCCGGAUCUAUGGCAGAAGAUCAGGAAAACAGAUUUUUGGUGAUGGUCAUCCGUGAUUUGUUGAAUUUAUGUGAAAUUACCAAGGGGAAAGAUAAUAAAGCUGUUAUUGCGAGCAACAUCAUGUAUGUCGUUGGCCAGUAUCCAAGAUUCUUAAGGGCACACUGGAAGUUUCUGAAGACUGUUGUGAACAAGUUGUUUGAAUUCAUGCAUGAGACACAUCCUGGUGUUCAGGACAUGGCCUGUGAUACAUUCUUGAAAAUAGUUCAGAAGUGCAAGCGUAAAUUUGUUAUUGUUCAGGUUGGAGAGAGUGAACCAUUUGUAUCUGAACUUCUAACAGGCCUUGCAACAACUGUUCAAGAUCUUGAGCCUCAUCAAAUUCACUCAUUUUACGAAUCAGUUGGUAAUAUGAUCCAAGCAGAAUCAGAUCCUCAGAAGAGAGAUGAAUAUCUCCAGAGGUUGAUGGCACUCCCGAACCAGAAAUGGGCAGAGAUCAUAGGACAGGCACGCCAAAGUGUAGAAUUCCUCAAGGAUCCAGGUGUGAUACGUACAGUACUUAACAUCUUACAGACUAAUACAAGUGCUGCUACUUCACUGGGAACAUACUUCUUGUCCCAAAUUUCCUUGAUCUUCUUGGAUAUGUUGAAUGUAUACAGAAUGUACAGUGAGCUUGUAUCAACCAACAUUACUGAUGGGGGCCCAUAUGCUUCCAAGACAUCCUUUGUAAAACUCUUAAGAUCUGUUAAGAGGGAAACACUUAAGCUGAUAGAAACCUUUUUAGACAAAGCUGAAGACCAGCCACAUAUAGGGAAACAAUUUGUGCCACCAAUGAUGGAAUCUGUGCUUGGUGACUAUGCUAGGAAUGUGCCUGAUGCUAGGGAAUCAGAAGUUCUUUCACUCUUCGCAACGAUUAUAAACAAGUACAAGGCAACAAUGUUAGAAGAUGUGCCGCACAUAUUUGAAGCUGUUUUCCAGUGUACAUUGGAGAUGAUAACUAAGAACUUUGAAGAUUAUCCGGAACACCGGCUCAAGUUUUUCUCAUUACUCCGUGCUAUUGCUACAUUUUGUUUUCCGGCCUUGAUAAAGUUGUCAAGUCAGCAACUAAAACUAGUGAUGGAUUCAAUCAUCUGGGCAUUUAGGCAUACUGAGAGAAAUAUCGCUGAAACUGGGCUUAAUCUUUUGCUUGAGAUGCUGAAGAACUUUCAGCAAUCUGAGUUUUGUAAUCAAUUCUUCCGCUCAUACUUUAUGCAAAUUGAGCAAGAAAUAUUUGCUGUUUUGACUGAUACCUUCCAUAAGCCUGGCUUCAAGCUGCAUGUGUUGGUACUGCAGCAUCUGUUUUGCCUGGUUGAGAGUGGAUCUUUGACGGAACCUUUGUGGGAUGCUGCAACCGUACCUUACCCAUAUCCGAACAACGCUGCCUUUGUUCGUGAAUACACCAUUAAGCUAUUGAGCUCAUCAUUCCCCAACAUGACUGCAGCAGAAGUCACACAGUUUGUUAAUGGACUUUACGAGUCUAGAAAUGACCCUUCUGGAUUUAAGAGUAAUAUACGUGACUUCCUUGUACAGUCUAAGGAAUUUUCCGCUCAGGAUAACAAAGAUCUUUACGCCGAGGAAGCAGCUGCUCAGAGGGAGCGAGAGCGUCAAAGAAUGCUUUCGAUUCCUGGGCUUAUUGCUCCUAAUGAAAUUCAAGAUGAGAUGGUGGACUCAUAA